AUGAAGUGCUUUGCGAAUAGGAUACGAAAAUAAAUAGCUUCAGUUCCCAAAAACUCCGUCACAAUGAUGCACAGUCACAAGACGAUGACCACGGCUAUGAAUCCGCUAAUCACGGCCAUCUGGAGCCUUCUGCACAUUUUAUUCACAUGCUCCGAAUGGUUGGCCUGGCUGAGUCGCUGGUGCCGACAGACAGUUUUCCACUGCCUACGUAUUCGAUCGCAGUUCACCGUGGAAAAGUAUCAUCACUUCGUUCGACAGUCGCAGACUUUCGUCAGGCAAAACAUGACACAGGUCACGAAAGUCCCCGUGCAUCUGGUGGUGCUUUUGGGUUUAGAAGAACCGGAUUAUCGGCUACUUACGCAGCUAAUCUUCUGGUCGCACGCUGCCGGCAUCCGCUAUAUUAGCUUCUACGAUCACAAUGGUGUCAUUAAGCGAAAUCACGAGCAAAUGGUGCGCUACGUGAACGCAGCUCACCUGGAUGAUGCGGACGAUAUUUGUUGGACAUCAGAGGCGCCAACAAAAUCGGAAUCCCGCCCUGGGCGACCAACGCCGACGACGGUCUCGUUCUACUCGCCGGUCGACGGCAAACAAGGACUGGUACAGCUCGGUCGACUGGUCGGAGAGUCGCUACGCAACCGGAAUCUGCAAAUCUCUGACGUUGACAUCGAGUUUCUUAACGGCCGCUUACAAGCCGCUCAUAAUCACAUUCCGGAUCCCGAUCUUGCGCUGUAUUUCGGGGACAUCUGCUCACCGUACGGCCUGCUACCAUGGCAAAUCCGGUUGACGGAAUUUUUGUCCCUCGCAUUGCGUUUGCGGGACGUCAGCGUGAGGCAUUUUAUGAAUUGUUUGCUGAAAUUUGCCCGCUGCGAGCAACGAUUUGGAACUUAGGCCUCACCAAACUGAAGCGAGCUUCUUUUCAUUGGCCAAGCGAAUCCUGCGGGAUAAUCUGCGACACUCACUGACAAUGGUCAAUCGGCUGUGGUGAGCAUUAUUUGGUGUGAAAGUUCCUUGGGCAUCUGUUGCUUACGAUCAUUGUACCGGCAGUUUUUAGUUUUAAGUGAAAGAACGACAUCAUUCCCCGAGAUCAUCCGAGGCCCCCUUUUGCUAAAGUAUUUAAGCGAUAUUAUGCUUCUUCCAUUGGGGGCCGUCCAACGCUGCGUGGAGAAGUCGACCGGUAAUUUGUGUUGUGGGGAUGUUCUCAAUCAAUAGUGGAUCCAUUAUCCAUUAAAAUAAAAAAG